UCAUCAUAAGUGCAAGGUACCAUUUUUGAGCACUAGAAUGGUUUCAGAGUUUGAAUUUGAGCGCGCCAUCUUCAAUUCCUUAAAUACACGGGGGGAGUAGUUUCCGAGUGUUUUUAUAUAGCUGGAAAAGCUUUUUGAAAAUCCCGCAGAAGCAAUUGAAAAAAGAGUAUUAAAUUUAAUUCAAAAUUUUUAGGAGACACAGGCUUCGCUGUAUUUUUUUGCAAAUGCAAAUAUAAUUUAAGAACCUUUGAGAGCAUUGUGAAUUACUAGCCCCCGGGUCUUAGUUCAUUGAUGCUCAGUUAGGGUUUGAGACUCAAACAGAUGGCCUAAAGAAUCCUAAAAGAAAGGAUGCGCUGUAUUUUUGACUUUACGGCAUCGUGAUGCAGUUUGGGGAAAAACGGCAUGGUUUGACGAAACAUGAACUGACUAGUACAUGUUGGAGGUAACUGUUUUCCCAAAAUAAAUCGCGAUGGCUGAAAUGGAAGAAUUCUUUCAUGCGAGCUGUUGCGAGCAUCAAUUGCAGUCUCUACAGAAUUAUGUAAAUGAGCUGAGUGAUCAGAAUGAUAUAUUGGUCCAGACUGUGGAAGAGCUUGAAAAGGAAGCAAAUGAAAGAGUUGCUUUGCUGGAGUCAAGGUUACAGAAGACAAAUACUUCACUGAGGGACCAAACCAAAAGGUGCAGGGAUUAUGAGCAAGAGCUUCAAAGAGUCAAGAAUGAACACGAGGCAUCAUUGCAAUCAAUUGAGGACUUCAAAAAUGAAGCUGCAUCAUUAUCCGAAGAAAACAUUCAGCUUCAGAAUCACAUUGGCAACCUUGAAUACGACUCUGACUUGUUAAUUGAACUCAUAAACAAAGCAAAAACAACUGGCAAAUGGGAGCUCACACAACUCGAUUUCCGAGCCAUUCCAUACGAGUCACUUGUCACAAUUCACAGCCCUGGGACCCAGCCACAACAAAUAGCAAACAGUGAACGAAGACUUAGAGAACAUAUUUCAGAAUUGAAUCGGCAAGUUAAAGGUCGAGAUGACAUCAUACAGAGGCUGGAAAGGGAUUUGAAGGCCAAGGAAGAACUAUAUAAUGAGGUGCAAAACAAACUCGGAAUCAAGGAUCAAGCUUAUUAUUCUGUUGAAGGUGACGUGAAGUCGAUGGAAAGCCAGCAGCAGGCUGCAACGUCUGCCAUCACCAACAAAGACGUUCUCAUCAUGAAGCUUAAAAGCGACCUGCAGCUAUCACGUGAGCACCAAAGGGAUGUUGCGAAGCAGCUUCAGGACUGCGAAAGCACGAUCGGGGAACUGCAAGUGGAGAUAUCUGAUUUUCAAGAUAUUGUGUCAAUAAGAGUGGCGGAGACAAAGACCAAGGAACAAAGCAUUCAGAUACUCCAACAGCUGUACAAGUCAAGUCAAGAGAAGCUAAGCCAAAGCGAUCGGAUUAUCGAGCAGCUUAAAAGAGAAGUACAACAGGCUGUGAAACAAUCUCAAGACGUCACAGCUUAUGAGGAUAUGAUACGCAGGCUUGAAACUGAGCUUAUAGCUGCGGAGGAGCAAAGAAAGCAAACAGUUAGCGAUUUUCAUAAUCUGAAGGCGUCUUUAAGCAGCUCUGACUCGGCUGCGAAGGAACAUGUUGCAUUUCUGAGUUCAAAGGUUGAAGAAAAGGAAAGAGAGGUUAGCGAUCUCACGAACGAGGUUCGAUUAUACAAGAGGAAAAAUGAGGUCCAUACAUCAGAGAUUGAGAAAAGCCGAAUGCGGAUUGUCGAAUUGGAGAGUGUGUCAUCUGCGAGGGAGCAACAGCUUAUGGACUCCAACGAGGAGAUAACAAGAUUGCAGUUUGACUUAAAACGACUUAAGUCAAAUUCUGAUGAUGAAAGGAAGGCCCUUGCACACGAAGUUGCUCAAAGAGAGGACGCAAUUAGAAAAUUAAAAUCGGAAUUACACGCCUUAGAAGAAAACGAAAAUGACGCCAUGUCAAAACUUGCAUACCAAGGUGAAUUGAUAAGAAAACUGAGGGAUGACACAAAGACUGCAUCACAAGAAGGCUCUUCCUACCGUUUGCUGACUGCUGAUCUAGAACAUCAAGUCAAUUCUACAAACAAUGCACUGAAAGAUGUUCAGUCGAAAUUGGCAGAACAAGCGGCGAAAUACGAGGAGGCACAAAAGAAAAGUGACCAAGAGUUGAAGACAGAAAUAAGAAGACUCGAAGAUGACUUAAAGCAAGCUGACAGCAAGGUCACAUAUCGCAACGACGCUUUACAACGGUUGCAAAGUCAACAAAAAGACUACAUAGAACAGGUUGCAAACAGAGAGAAAUCAAUUCAAGAUUUGGAGCUGCAGCUGCUAAAGGCCCAAGAAGAACAGCGAAGGAUGAGUGAGGAGGUAGCAAAACGUGAAAAAGCAAACGACGAAUUGACUAAAGAUCUCAAGGUUGCGAAGUCAAAAUAUAGCGAUGCAAUCGAAGAGAAUGGUCGGCUGGAAGCAAGAGUUAAGGCUUACCAAAUUUCAUCUCAAAGUGAAAACGAUGUUUUAGCUGAAGAGGUUGCUAAAAGAGAAGAUGCUAUUCACAAGUUGAAAGUAGAAAAACUCGAGUUGGAAGAGGAUAGAAAUAAAUACAUGGAGAGGGCAAACGAAUUCGCUGAAAGCAUUGCAAAGCUAGAGGAACAGAACAAAAACAAUGUGCGAGAGUUGAUUGAGAGGGAUGCCGUUGUAAAUGAACUGGAGACCAAGGUUAAUGACUUAAAGUUGAAACAAGAAGAAUACACGGAUAAGAUUGAGCAUUUUGAAGAUGAAAUAAGAGAUCUCGUUAUCAAAUUAAAUAUGGCUGAACGCGAUGAACAAGCUCGUACUCACGAGAUUAAUAUGAAGCAGGAGGUCGUUGAUCAAUUGCAGAUUGAGCUGGAGAAUUUGAAGAAACAGCAUCGAGAUAUUAUAGAUAAGCUGUCGAAACGAGAAGAACAGAUCAGCCAGCUAAGCAAGGAUGCUUCGUCUCUCAAGGAGAAAGAGAAGGAUAAACAAAAGGAGAUCUCUAAACACAUAGAGAGCAUCAAGAAACUCGAGAAGGACCUGAGCAAGUCAAGUAAAGACAUUGAGACAAUUCGUAGAAAAUCAGCUGAUGAUAUUGCCGUCAAAGAGCAACGCAUCAGACAACUGGAAGAAGAACUUGCCUCUGCGCAGCAAAGAUACGCGGAUGUUUAUGAAGAAUUGUCCAAAGCCGAGGAAGACCUAGGAAGAGUGAAAAACGAGCAAUCGGAUCUUCAUGACAAAUACCAGUCAGCACAGUCGCAGCUAUUGCAGUCCGAAGAAGCAAUCCAGCAUCUUGAAAUGGAGCUAAGUCUCACUCAAGAAAAGCAUAAAACAUGUAUUCAAGAAGUGGCCCAUAAAGAUGGUGUUAUUCUAAAUCUUCAAUCAGAACUAGACGCUACGCAGCAGGAAUUCGAAAAUACUGUGGAGGAGCUAGGGCAAAAGGAUGAAGAGCUUGCCAAACUUAAAGCCCAAAUCAAGGAACUGAAGGCAGAGCUCAAAGAGCUUCGGUCAGAUCGGGAAGAAAAUAUAGCUAAGAUCGAAGACCAGGAAGACCAAAUUAGAAGACUGCAGAGUGAACUCGCUCGGCUUUCUGAAGAGACUCAAAGCAAGGUUUCGAAGAUCAAGCAAAUGGAGCAUACUUACACAAUCGAGGCGAAAAAUUACGAAAGCGAGAUUGAAGCAUUGCAAUGCGAAAAGAGUGAAGUGAAGAGUGACUUGGAUGAACUCAACGAACGGCAUGAUGAGCUGCAAAGACAGCUUCGGGAAUCAGAAGAGAAAGUUAAAAAUCUAUCAAGCAAUGUACAAACUUCAGAGAAGCAAAGGAAAGAGAUCACACAAGAGAACGAACAAAAUGUCGAAUGUUUACGAAGAAGAGAUAGAGAAAUCGAAGAUCUGACUCGAAAGGUGAACAGUGCUGAAAAUGAGCUUCAAAACUCACAAAUAAAUUGCCAGCAACUUGAAAGCAAACUGAACUAUGCUGAAGAACAGUUAAGAGAAACGAAAAAUAAAGUAGAUCAUUGCCAGGGUGCCAUGAAGGCUUUAGACGACAGUUUGACGGAGGCCAAGGAAAAGAUAAUGACUCGUGAUGCAGAAAUUGUUCGAAAUCAGAUUGAAUUUGAUAAUUUGAGGAAUCAACUGGAUGAAAAGUCAAAACAAUCCGAAAGCCAAUUUCAGAGGAUUAAGGAAAUGGAAGAAGAAAUCGUGAAAGUGCAGUCGAAAAAUCAAGAAUGUGAAAAGCAGCUGGAUCGGUGCGAAGAAGUUUUGAAAGAUCUAACUGACAAACUUGCAGAAAAACAAAAAGAGACUUUGUCUCAAAAUGCGAAAAUAAUAAAACUGGAAAAUAGCAAUAAGGAAUUAAAAGAUUUGCACAGAAAAGGCCAGGAAGAGCUGAAGUCCUCCCAAAACUCAAACCGCCAGUUAGAAAGUGAACUAACAAAUGUGAAGGAUGUAUGUUCAAGGCAAAAAGAUCAGAUACAAGAGCUUGAAAGUCAUUUCCGAAGUUCACAAAACAUGGUGAGAUCGCUGGAGGAUGAAAGAAUACGUUUGCAUGAAAAGCUUACCAAUGUGAGUGAUAGUAUGAAAGUGCUGAGGAAGAAUUUUGAAGAGGAGAAGGAGCACAGGAAGUCAGAGGGCGAAAUUAAUACAGAUAAAAUCAAAAGUCUGCAGCGAGAGCUGAAGAUAUCACAGGAAUCUAACAAAGAGCUGAUUCAACAGGUGAACCAAUUAGACAAAGAUGCAAAUCAGCUCAGAAGAUUGCUGUCAGACAAAGAGGUAGAAGGCAAUUUGAAAAACGACGAGCUUUACAAUUGUGAACAGACAAUUAAUGAGCUGCAUUCGCAGUUGCAGAAUUUACUUGAAGACAAGAAGACUUUAAUGAGGGAGAAUGCUUCUAUAUCGACUGAGCUUGGCCAAUUGCGUACAGAACUUAGUGAUUGCAAGCAGCGAUACAAAGACACUGCCCAACAACUUGCACAUCAUGAAGAAAAAGGAAAUUUGUUAGAAAGAAACCUCGCCGCGACACAGGAGCAACUGAGCUCAAGGGUUGCUGAGGCUGUCAAACUGGAAAAGUCCAUCAAGAAAUCGCAAGCCGACCUUGUGUCUGCGAAUGACGAGUUGUACAUCAAAGCUCAGGAGAUCGGUGGUUACGAAAAACAAAUUGAACAGCUAAAGACUGACUGUGCUGCUGCGCAGAAGCGAUAUAAAGAUGCUGCUGAUGAGAAUUCCCAGUCGCAAAUGACAAUACAGCAUUAUGAAAUGGAACUGAACGAUUCUCAUCAUCAAAUAGACGCACUUCAAACCCAGCUUGGUGACCAAACCAAAAUAUUAGAAGAUCUGAAAAAGGGCUUUGGUAACACACAAGCCCAAUUAAAGGACUCGCAAAAACAGAUUCGACAACUUCAAAUCGCAAACAAUGAACAAGUUGAUACCAUCUCAAGCCUGAAAGAACAAGCCACAGAUAUGAAAAUCCAGGUGAAAGAGAAAGAGAACUCCAAUGUUCAACUGAGAGAAGAGCUAGGAACAUGUCUACAGAAGAACCGAUCCUUGUUAGAAGAGUUGGCUACAAAGGAUGGCGAAGUUAGAGUUAUUCGUGCCGAUUUACAAGGAGCACAAAGAAAGAUAUCAAAUCAAAACAGCGAGCUUUCAAGACAUGAUGAAGUCGUGCAACAAUUGCAAGGCGAAUUGAACAAGGUCAAAGAGCAAGCGAGAGUUUCCCAAGCUGAUGUAGCCAACAACGAACAGGCAAAUCAAAGCCUUAAGGUUCAGCUGUCCAGCGUGCAAGGAAACCUUCGUGAAUGCAUGGAGCAGCUAUCGAAGAAAUCAAAGGAAAUCGCAUCGCAUAAGAGUGAAGUUUCUUCUUUGAAGCAGAAGAAACAAGCAAUGGAGCAACAGUUUCUUGCGUAUGAAGAAAAGGUUAAGAAAUUAAAGUCGGAGCUAAAGAAGUCGCAAGAAAAAAUGAAAACUGCAAAUGGAGAGGUGACGUCAGCCUCUGCAAACAUGGCAGAACUCAAAGAACAGCUAUCUGCAGCCCAUGAAAGAGCUAAAAGAUCGAACAAAGAUUUAUCCAGGCGAGACGAGCAAAUAAUUACGCUGAAAACCGAGUUGGCAUCAAUUCUAGAGAAACUGAAAUUAAGGGAAGAAGAGAUUGAGCGAUUGCGGCAAGAGCUGAAGACUGCUGCGUCUAAAUACAACACCACUUACCAAGAUUUGCAAGGCGCGAGAAAGGCGCUGAACGAGGCCCGGGCCAAUAGCGACAAGCUGACACGUGAAAGCGAGGCUGUUGUAGAGAACGUAAACACUUGGGUUCAAGAGCAAAGAGAAGGAAACUCAAAAAUUGCAGCAAAACUUCGAGACCAAAAUAGCAGUAUUGCUUCUCUGGAGGCAGAAAAGGAGAUGCUUUCCGAAUCAAAUGAAAGGUUGAAGAAAACUAACGAGCGACUUAAGAUGGAGCUUGAGGAAAUGAGAGUUGAGAGCGGAAAAUACCAGGCCAUACAAGGGCACUCGUCCCAGCAACACCUUACCAUCCAGCAGCUCAGGAACCGACUCAGUGACGUCGAACAAGAGCUGGAUGCGGAGCGAAACUCGAAAUCAGCAACGAUUGAAGAUUUACACAAUCGGCUUAAGAUGAAUGUAGACACUGUGCAACAGCUGCAUACUCAGCUAAACCAGACGAGCAAGGAAAAUUUACGUCAACGCGCCCUACUCGACCGAGAAGUUGCCGCCAGGAAGAGACUACAAACGCAAGUGCGAGCACGUGAACAGAAUAUUGAAUCCUUGAAAGACGAGCUCAACACAAGUAAAUACACGGAUAAAGAUUACCUCAAGGGUGAUUCUUACCGUUUAAUUGAUGCAAGCCAAGGAGGUAAUCACGAAAAAAGUUUAAGUGGAUCUUCGAACAGACGAGAAAAGCUUGGUUCUGCCGUCAAUAAAGAGUUGGAAAAGGCUGGUGUCUCCUCCGCAGAGGCCCUAGAUAAGUCGUAUUGGAUACAACGCGUAGGCGAGUUGUCAGUUCAGCUACAACAAAGCAGUGAAUAUUGGUCACAGAAAGUCAGAGAUUUAUCUGGACAGAUGGACAAAUCUGGACAGCCUAGUAUUUAAUAGCCUAAUUGAUAAACGAGAUAAUAUUUAUUCAGUAAUGCGUUAAGCAGUUGUGAAUAAAGGAUAAGCUCUACAAGCACUGUCAAAUGUAUUAGUAAUGAGUUUAAGCACAUAUUCGGUCGAAACGUAAAUCCUGCAACAAUAAAGCGGAUUUUUAUUUGUUCAGUUUUAUUAUCGUGACGUACACGACUUUGAUAGUGAAAAGCGAGCUAUUUGAAACCCAUUUGAUGGUUGUAGAGACCCGCUCUUUUCAAUCAUCAUCGAGUAAGGAAUAUUCUAUUAUCCAUCAAUAUUGUCAUUUCAAGAAACAUUUCAAGGGUUUCACAUUCUGUUUACCCAGCUGAAAUUCAGUAGUUUCCCAUUUUUGUUUGACCACCAUCAUGCAUGUGCAGAGAACAUGUAUUUCCCUGUGUAUAUUGUCCAUGUAAAUCGUCUCUGCUGUCAUCCUAAGUCUAUUCUUUAUAUUCCAAGUGCGAUUAAUCUGAUGCAUUAGAAAUCCUUUUAGGUUUGGAACUAAAAGUUCACAGCCCAAUACGAUGUAUAGAGGCUGGCUUUUUAUAGUAAAUUAAACCAUUGAAAAUAUUUAGAAGCUGUAACAAAGUUGGUUAGUAGAAAGACUUUUAUCAGCGUUUUUGUACAGUGAUGCUAAGAUAUAUCUUAAAAUAUUUUAUUGUCAUUCUUGUAUUUUGAUUAUAUGUGACAACUUAUGUUUUUACCUUGAUAUGAAUAAAGCUCUUUUUAAUUGAUUA